UCCCCCACAGAUGUGCCCCGCUCGGGCGCUCCCGUGCUGAGUGUGAGGCGAGCCCUCUAGCGCCUGCCCGCCAUGUCUCAGCUGCUGCACAUCGAGAUCCCCAACUUCGGGAGCACGGUGCUCGGCUGCCUCAACGAGCAGCGCCUGCUGGGCCUCUACUGCGAUGUGUCCAUCGUGGUCAAGGGCCAGGCUUUCAAGGCCCACCGGGCCGUCCUGGCCGCCAGCAGCCUGUACUUCCGCGACCUGUUCAGCGGCAACAGUAAGAGCGCCUUCGAGCUGCCGGGCACUGUGCCUCCCGCCUGCUUCCAGCAGAUUCUGUCCUUCUGCUACACGGGCAGGCUGACCAUGGCGGCCAGCGAGCAGCUCGUGGUCAUGUACACGGCCGGCUUCCUGCAGAUCCAGCACAUCGUGGAGCGCGGCACGGACCUCAUGUUCAAGGUGAGCUCGCCCCACUGCGACUCGCAGACCGCCAUGAUCGAGGACGCCAGCUCCGAGCCCCAGAGCCCCUGCAACCAGCUGCAGCCGGCCGCCCCCGCAGCCCCCCCCUACGUCGUGUCCCCCUCCGUGCCCAUCCCGCUGCUGACCCGCGUGAAGCACGAAGCCACGGAGCUGCCGCCGGCUGCCGGCCCGGGCCUGGCCCCCAAGCGCCCGCUGGAGACGGGGCCCCGGGAUGGCGCCGCGGUGGCGGCGGGUGCGGCCCCCCUCAAGCUGCCCCGGGUCUCCUACUACGGGGUGCCCAGCCUGGCCACCCUCAUCCCCAGCAUCCAGCAGGUGCCCUACUCCCAGGGGGAGCGGACCAGUCCGGGGGCCAGCAGCCUGCCCACCACCGACAGCCCCACCUCGUACCACAACGAGGAGGACGAGGAAGACGACGAGGCCUAUGACACCAUGGCGGAGGAGCAGUACGGCCAGAUGUACAUCAAGGCCACCGGCAGCUACGCAGUGCAAGAGAAACCAGAACCCAUGCCGCUGGAGAGCCGCUCCUGUGUCCUCAUCCGCCGCGACCUGGUGGCGCUGCCCGCCAGCCUCAUCAGCCAGAUCGGGUACCGCUGUCACCCCAAGCUCUACUCAGAAGGGGACCCUGGCGAGAAGCUAGAGCUGGUGGCAGGCUCUGGCGUCUACAUCACACGAGGUCAGCUGAUGAACUGCCACCUCUGCGCAGGGGUGAAGCACAAGGUCUUGCUGAGACGGCUCCUCGCCACCUUCUUUGACAGGAACACACUGGCCAACAGCUGUGGCACCGGCAUCCGAUCGUCCACUAGUGACCCAAGCCGCAAGCCUCUGGACAGCCGGGUCCUGAACGCUGUGAAGCUGUACUGCCAGAACUUCGCCCCCAGCUUCAAGGAGAGUGAGAUGAACGUGAUCGCCGCGGACAUGUGUACCAACGCCCGCCGCGUGCGCAAGCGCUGGCUGCCCAAGAUCAAGUCCAUGCUGCCCGAGGGCGUGGAGAUGUACCGCACGGUCAUGGGCUCCUCAGCCGCCGGCCCACCCCUCGACCCCGACUUCCCGCCCGCCGCGGCGCAGGUGUUCGAGCAGCGCGUCUACGCGGAGCGGCGGGCCGACGCCGCCACCAUCGUGGCUCUGAGGACUGACGCCGUGAAUGUCGACCUGAGCGCCGCCAACAACCCCGCGUUCGAGGCCGGCGAGGAGGCGGACGGGGCGGGCUCCGUCAUCCAGGAGGUGGCCGCGCCCGAGCCGCCGCCCGCGGCCGGCCAGAGCCCCCCGCAGCCCUUCGAGCAGGGCGGCACCAGCUCCAGCCGGCCGCAGACGCCCGCGGCGGCCCGGAGACAGGAGGCGUCCUACGCAGGGACCUUGUAGAGGAGCCGCCGGCCCGCGGGACGGUUUUCCAGCUGCUUGCAUGCGUUACUAAUACAACAAAUGUGAUCAAGCCACUUACCUACGGAACUGCUACUGUUGCCUGAAAAAAAUGUGAUUUUUAUCCUGCUUGUAUUUAAAGUUGAUGAAGGAAACACACGCAUUCGAUAUACUGUAAGGACGAGUCCGCCGGUGACCUCGCGAGGAAGGUCCCAGGGCCCCUUUUGAUACCUGCGAGGUUAGCCUCCAGGCUGUGGCCCCGCC